CAAACCUAAGCAUUAAUUAGAAUAAAAAUGAAUUUAAGUUUUUUGUUCUUUGUUCCAAUUGUUCUUGCUGGUCCAGGUCUUGCUGUAGAUGAUAACCAGAGAAGUAUUAUCCAGCUGGCGCUGAUGGUUGCGGAGUCAAUUGAUUGUUCUUUCCCAUACUUCCCAAUACCCUACGGAUGCUGGUCAGUUUUAGAAACAAACACAACUAUAUUCAAAAGACAACCUUCUGGGUGUGGUAUAACUAUCCCCUAUCCUCCUGUACAUGAAGAACCAGUGGAUGAGUUUGAUGCCACCUGCAAGGUACAUGAUCACUGUUAUGAUGAUGCUGUAGAGUAUGGUUGUGAUUGGCUGGAUGAGUAUGUGUGGUCCUAUGACUGGGAUUUUGAUGAGAACAAUGUGAUAACAUGUAGUGAGGAUCAAGAUAUUUGCCAGAAGAUGAUGUGCAAUUGUGACAAAGCAGUGGCUGAAGCUUUAAAGGAGACAGCAGCAGAAUAUGGCUGUCCAGCAUCUGAUCCUGGUUGUCCAGAAGAAUUCAUUUCAAAAUAAAACAUUUAAAAUUGUUCCUAUGUAUAUUAUAUAUAUAUAUGCUAACUAAAAUAUUGACUGUGAUUGGCUAAAAAUAUAAAAUCUCAAGUUUACUUUAUAAAAAUCAAAUAAAGAUUUGGUUAUAUGAA